AUGGGGUUGAGAAGAACUGAAAUCAACCUGAGGAGGUUGCUUGAAGCUGUUCCACACCAACAAAAUCAGUCAAAGCUCAUGCAUUAUGUUGCUACUUUACGAGAACAACUGGACCAACUGGCUGAAGAGAGAACCCCAGAAGGGCUACCCAGGGUUUCAAAAGCUAUGGUGAAUGAUUAUUCAGAGAAAAUUGAAGUGACCGCUGCUAUACUAGCAGUCCCUUCGUCUAAUAUGCAAGUAUUUCAGGAGCCCUUUGCUGGGACAUCUGUCAGUGGAAGAAGCCCUUCUAAAGCAGAAGGGAAAAUGAAACAGACCUCCAUCAAUUGUCGAAUUGAAGGUGAUCAAUCAGCACCUGUCAAAUUGGAUGCUGCAGCACAGGUGCACAUUGGAAAGCACAGAAAACUUCAAGAAGCCUUGACCAAUGAAAUGGUUGGUUUGGUGUGGCAACUUAAAGAGAGUAGUCUAAUGAUGAGUCAAUCUCUCAAAAACACGGUGAAAGUAAAUACCCUG